AUGUCCGACAUGGAUGAUUUGCUAGACUUUGAAGAUGGUGGAAUCGACUUCCCAACUAAUGAGAAUUAUGAUUUAACAACAGCUUCAACAACAAUAGGUAAUAUAAUAGAUGACAAAAUGUUUGAUUUAGAGGAAAAAAUAACAAAAAUAGAAGUUGCAACAGAAGAGAAAAGUGGUGAUGAUAAUGAAACUUUAGUAAAGCAAGAUACUUUUGAUUUUGAUAACUUGGAAGAAUUCAAUAUAAACGAUUCAGAUUUUCUUAAAAAAAAAAUUAGUGAAUCUUUAGAAAAUAAUUCUUUGGAAAAUAAAAACAUUGAUAAUGAUAAUAACAAUGAUAAUAGUGAUAAUAUUGACGAAUCAUUACUAAAAAAAGAUGAUGGUGAUAUUAAAUCAUCAAAAAAUUUAAAAUCUUCUGAAAAAGAAGAAGGUGAAAUUUUAAAUUCAAAUGAUACCACCAAUAGUAAUAAUAAUAACAAUAACACAAACAAUGCUAACAAGCAAUUGAAACAAAAACAAAAAGAUUCAUCUCAACAGCAACAAACGUCAUCGCCUCAAAAACAAAUCCCAUCUCUACAAGCAGCACAACGUCAUCACCAACAGCAACAACAACUUCAUUUUCAUCAAAUGCAACAACAACAACAGCUUUUAAUUUUACAGCAGCAACAAUUAUUGGCAAAUCAAAAUGCACAAAAUUUUCGUGGUCGUAAUUUAAGAAAAAAUAAUGAUUGGCGUCAACCCAAUCUUAAUGCUGGAGCUUUUCUAAACGGUGUAAUGUCUCCGUUUCGCCCCGGAUUUGCUCCCGGACAAAUGAUUGGACCAAAUAUUCAUGUAAAUCCGAAUUUUGCAAGAUUACGUCCCCAUGUUCUCCCAUUUGGAAAUCCUUUAAUGCAAUAUCCUGGUGGGCCACAUAUGAAUAUGUUACCGUAUCAAGGUCAAAUGGAAAUACCACAAUAUCACCCUUCGAUGAAUCCAAUGGCUGCUAGAAGGCAGAUGAAUUCAUCACCAUCUGGUGCUAAUCAACAACAAAGACAUCCAUCAUCACAAUCACAGACUUCGUCUUCAUCCUCACCCUCAAAAAGAAAGUUUCCUGAUAAUGGAUUUGAACAAAAAGAAUCAGACAAUAAACGAUCAUCCACUUCAAAUAACAAUUCUUUCAAUAAUACUAGGAAUUUAGGUAGACCGAUUACAAAAGUUGCACCACAAUCUACUACACCAUCAUCAACUGGUGGCUCCAAUUCUAAUAAAUUAAUUAUUUCAAAUGUUGAUGAAAAUGUCACGAAACGGGAGCUUCAAGCUUUGGCUUCAAAUGUUCCAGGAGGACCUUUGUCUAUUAUAAUAAAUCGAGAAUCAAGCUCUGCAGAAAUUAUUUUCAAAACUUUGGAUGGAGCUAAAUUGUUUAGGAGAAAAUAUAACAGGAGCGUUCUUGGAAGUUCUAAUAUAAUCAUUAAUUUUAGUUAA